AAAUGAUACGAAAAGUCUUUCGCACCCUCAUAUAAACAACUGAUGUUAAUAUGACAUAUUAACAAGACAUUUCUCAUUAAUUCAUUAUUCAUGCUUUACCAAAAUUAUUGCACUCACUCGACUCCAACUAUUUCCCUCCACAAAAUUAUUGUACUGUACGGAGUUCUCUCCUUUAGUCCUUUUCCUAGAAAAAUUCCUUUUUAUGCAUUUUAAAGGAGAGACUCAGUGAGUGAUAGUGAGAAACUGAGAAUGAAGAUUUUUGUCAAGAAUUUGAAAGGAAAUCACUUUCAACUUCAAGUCAAACCCCAAGACACGGUAGGUGACGUCAAGAAAAAUAUUGAAUCUAUACAAGGAGCAAAUGUCUUGCCUGCCUCUCAGCAGAUGCUUAUUUAUCAAGGGAAAGUUCUUGCAGAUGGAACUACAUUGGAGGAAAACAAAAUUGCAGAAAAUAGUUUUUUAGUUGUCAUGCUGUCUAAGAGUAAGAGUUGGUCUGGGGAAAGUUCAGUGACAGCAGCAGUUAUGCCUACAUCCAAGGUUCCUGCAACACCCAAGUCUCCUAUUGAGGCAUCUACUACACCUCCAACCACUGUGCCCAUUGAUGCUCUCCCUGCAUCUGUGCCUACAUCAGUGCCAACUCCCAUUAUUUCAUCUUCUGUGUCAGAAUCUGAUGUCAGUGGACAGGCAGCUAUAAGUCUUGAUGCUGGAAAUGACAUUGAGAAUACAAUCCAGCAUGUAACUGAUAUCGGUGGAGGAAUUUGGGAUAGAGACGCAGUUGUACGCGCACUUCGUGUUUCAUCUAAUAACCCAGAGAGAGCUGCUGAGUAUCUAAAAUCUAGUAAGAGUUUGGCUAGGGAUAGUUCUGUGGCAGCAGCAGCUAUGACAGCUGAGGCUCCUGCAAGUCCUGGUGUUGAGGCAUCUACUAAACCUCCAAUUACUGCAACUGAUGCAUCUCUCCCUGCACCUAUGCCUACUUCAGUGCCAACUCCUAGUAUAUCUUCUGUCAGGCCAGAAUCUGAUGUUGGUGGUCAGGCAGCUUCAAAUCUUGUUGUUGGAAAUGAACACGAGAAUACAAUCCAGCACAUACUUGAUAUGGGUGGAGGAAUUUGGGACAGAGACACUGUUGUACAUGCCCUUCGUGCUGCAUCCAAUAAUCCUGAGAUAGCUGUUGAAUAUCUUUAUUCUGGUAUUCCUGAGAAAUCUGAAAAGCCGUCUCUUGUUCAGUCCAUUGGGACUCGGCAGCGUACAAAUACUUCAUCUGUUACUCAACAACCCAGACGACCAGCAUCAGUGCUAUCUGGUGGACCUAAUGCAGGUCCUUUAAAUACCUUUCCUCAGGGCCUUCCUACUGUGGGUUCCAGUGCUGCUCCCUCUGGUGCCCUGGAUUUUCUGCGUAACAGUGAACAAUUUCAAGCCUUGCGAGCCAUGGUGCAAGCUAACCCGCAGGUUUUGCAGCCCAUGCUUCAAGAGUUUGGUAAACAUAAUCCAAACGUGAUGAAACUUAUUCAAGAGCAUGAGACUGAAUUCCACCGAUUGUUAAAUGAGCCUAUUGGAGUUGAAAAAGGGAAUAUACUUGAGCAAUUUGCCACUGCAAUGCCUCAGGCUGUGCAAGUUACUGCUGGGGAGCAUGCAGCCAUAGAACGGCUUGAAGCUAUGGGUUUUGAUCGGUCAACUGUAUUAGAGGCGUAUUUUGCUUGCAACAAAAAUGAAGAGCUCACAGCUAACUACCUUCUAGAUCAUAUGCAUGACUUUUGAGGAUUAAGUUGUGAGAACUAAUGGUGGUGCUUCCUUAGCUCUUGUUCAUCAAGAAGUCAGCUGGCCGUUUGCAUUUUCUUACUGUAACGCCAUUCAGACUUCCAUUUGAUGGCCACUGUAUGUAUAAAUGUAUAAUUCCCUGUACCUUUGCUGCUGUUAACAUAAUUUGUUUCGAUUUUUUUUUUUUUUUUUUUUUCCUAUGGUGCACAAAUACAUUAAUUACUAAUUAGACACUUUUACUAUUGUAAAUACAUAAGCCAAGCAAGCUUGGUAGAAAUAGUGGGGAAUUUACCUUGUAAUUGUGAUUGAGGUUACCAAUUCGAGUCUCAUCAUACACUUGUGUUUGGGAAUGGAGAAUUCUCUUACAUUACCCCUCACUCAACUAUUUGACUCUACAUUUUAUAUAUAAUAAAAACAAGUGUACUAAUAAAUAUACAAUAUUUGUAGUUUGUGAAUUUUGAUAUACUUGUAACUGAUAAUCCAUUAUUCCAUACUACAAUUUAGUUUAAUU